ACGAACACGCUUCAUGCGAGCACAGCGCCACGAUUGCCGGCUUCGGUACCAUCGCUCUUCCGUUCGGGACACGUUCAAACGGAAACGGAUGUUUAGAACCUCUCCAGUCUCGUGGAAGCCGUGCAUCAGUCAAAUUCGGACGAUGUGUUGCAGCCACCGAUUGGCACUCCUGCGCGACGUACAUUACACCAGCUUCGUGAGUGUCGGCGGACGAAAAAAAAAACGGCACUAUCGUUAAAGCAUACUCACCCCUUGAUUUAAGCUUCCCUAGCGCAAGUAUGGAGUCACCGUUCAGAUUUUACGCUUGAACUGUUCAACACGGCUCGCUUGUACACGGUAUACGGAAAGGAUUUUUCACGUGCUUUGAUUAUGUAAAUAAAGCCACCGAGUGUUUCGCGUUGUGCACGGUGAAUGACAAAUGUGUUUCUGCCAGUCCAUCCGCUACGAUCUUGGGUGCGUGAAAAUCGGCCGCAGGUGAAAAUCGAAAUGUAAGUGUACCGAAUCGGCAUCUUGCCAGCUCUUGCAUGGCACCAGUAGCAUCUGUUGGAUUAUCCCUCAUUAACAUGUCACCAAAACGAGAUACACGGUGUGUGCUUCAAACCACCGCGGUGCUUAGCCAGUGAGAGGAAUUCGAGCUAUGGGGGUUGCGACCGUGCAGUGAAAAUGGGUAAGGUGUGUUCGUUCAAGUGAAAUCGUGGAAUUGAGAUGGAAAGUGCAAAGAUGUCCUGAGCUUAACCGCUUCUGGCGGUGACUUGAGUUUGGGGCAGAAAUAACUUCGGCUUCGUCCCUCACACACCUUCAGCACGGAGCAUUGAAACGGAAAGUUUCCAUCACAGUCAGUCGUCGUAGUGCGGCUCCAGUGACAGUGAUAGCGCCGGAACGAACCGAUAUUCCCACGGUCAACGGAGUGUUAGUGUUAGUGUCGCAAAAGUUGUGCUCCACCAUGCCCUACCGCAGGCAAUACACUGGAUGCGGCGCGUUUGCUCCAGCGAGAACCUCGCCAGUUAAAUUGUGCGAAAAUUGAUCUGAGUUUGGGGCAAGAAAACUUUUUGCCUUCUCGACCGUGUGCCAUCUUCGCCCUUCUAACCGGGCUAACAUUGGUGCUUCGUUUGUUAGGUAUCUCAAUGUAUGCUGACUUGACUUUGGUGAAGCUCUAGCGUGGCGGAGCGUGGUUGAACAUAAAACGCAGUGCCCUGGACGAGCAAACUUUGUACACCGUCAUCGAUUUCUAGUGCUCGGAAUAGAUGCAGUACGUUUAGCGCUGUGACAGACGAAGAGUUUAAACCACACGCACAUUGUAAAGUUCUUCGUAUGGAUGCCAACCGUUGUGAUUAAGGCAGCGUGCACAAGUGGACUGUGAAUAAUCAAGCUUUUUCCAAAAACGCAUCACUUCAGCGCCGGUCACAUCUUUGCAGAAUAUAGACUUACCAGAAAAAAUAUAACUUUCCCACUGUUCCGUCGCAGUGCGAAAAAGAAUAACCACCAUACAAAUCAUGCACAGAACCACACGACCAGCCGGGCGAAGAUAAAUGAUGGCAGCCGGGAGCCGGGACUCGAAGCAAACAACAUUCAAAACAACAAUAUUGGCAGAAGCGAACGAGUAAACGAAGGGAAACUCUAUCGCGGACGUAGGGCCUUGGCAAGCUGUCUUCGAUGCUUUACGGAGCGUCUUCUGUUCAAGCAAAAAAUAGCAACCAGAGCAACACAAAAGAUCGUUCACUUCUUCCCGGUAUCAAACUCUUGCGAAGGUCCAUCAACACUUUUUCGCACGUCACCACCCACCGAGGCAGAUCAGAUUCAUCAAAACCGUCCACGAAAACAAGCCUCCGUGGGACCUUGUUAUCACACUGCCGUGACAGGAUACCCACAGUACAGUGCGCCUUCGACAGCUCCUAUAUUAAGUUAGCUUUUAUUUUGCAAAAGCUUUGUUUCUUCUUCUCUCUACUCGCACCAAAGCCCUGUCCAUGCCGAGCAACAACGUCGAGCGCUCGGUCACAAAUGGUUUCUCGCUUAACAAUUUCCAUGUAACGGACGCACUCCUUGCCCUUGCCAACCCACAAAGUGUCAAUUCAUCAAGGGAAAGCAGUUGCCAGGACAACUUCGGGAAAAAACCUCCACCAACCACCAUUUACAUUCUCCGCCCUGUUAAAUACACACGGCAAAUAUGAAUGUCCUUUCGGACUGUCAAUCAAUCGAUGUGUUCCGAUUUAUCGAAAUUGAUGGCAUUGUCGCUUAGAGGACGGUAGCAGUCGUCGCAUCUUCCAAUCAGAAAUCAAAAGUGUUAAAAGUACGGCACCAACACAAAGGCGAGGGGAGCGAUCGAUAUACAUUCAGCGGUACAAGUGUUAGUGUUGCACACAGUUCUCAUCUUUGAGGCAAACAAACACCAAACCUUCAAAAACAUCCGCUGGAAACGGCUCUCAAGAGUGAAAGAAUGUUCACACGCAAAAAGCGUCUGGGCCAGAUUGGCAAAGUGUGGGAAAUUUGUUGUCAGUUGAAAAGUGCUGGAAGUUCCACCUCAUCCGCUACAUUGUAUUUCUUUACACGUGCAACCUGUUCGUAAAAGAUUUUACCGAAGAAAAAAAUCGCGCCAUUCUGCAACGAGUGUGUAUGUGUGUUCAGUGUUUGCUCAAUGUGUGUGCUGCUAAGCCUCCUAGUAACCAUCGCGUCUGGCGGUGUAUCAUGUGCAGUCAGCUUUAGUGUACGAUGAAUACAGACGCCCUGGGCAUACUAGGAAAAUCAAACCCCCCAUACUUUAAGUCCAAAAGUAUCGUAUUCAACAGAGUAGUGCAUACAGUGUUUAGUGCGUGUGUGUAUGUGUGUGAGUAUGUGUGUGUGCGUGAUGUGUGAGAAAAUAAUGAAAAAAAGGCGCCAGCAACUCAUUCAGCCUCCAUUGCCACUCGCAGGCUCCUGCUAGAGAGUUUUCUGCGGCCGUGAACGAAGCUGUUGGUGAUUUUACCGACGGCAACAGUAUCGCCGUGGUUGAACUGAAAACACUCCGCUGCCAACGACCGUCAGGCAGCACCCGUCAGUCUGUAGGACGUCUCUAGGGCGGGUGGAAAAUAAUGGGAAAAAACAUGGCAUCAAUUUCCACGACGAUUCUACUGCUAAUAUGGAGUACAGAACUGACCAUUGGCAGCAUAAGAGUCGACGAAAACCGGGAUAACAGUGAAGCUGAACUCGCCGGUGGAUCGAGAAAAUUCCGCACCGAAUUUCUCCAGGAGUGGCCAACGCCAGGAACUGGGCCUUAUUUUGAUACCUCUGUUCCAACCAACAUCACCGGAUUGGUCGGCAAGACAGUCCUGCUGAACUGCAAGGUGAAAAACCUCGGCAAUCGAACGGUUUCCUGGGUUCGACACCGAGACAUUCACCUGCUCACUGUCGGACGCUACACCUACACCUCCGAUCAGCGGUUUGAGGCCAUGCAUUCGCCACACACGGAAGAGUGGACCCUCCGGAUUCGGUACGCCCAGCGCAAGGAUUCCGGCAUUUACGAGUGUCAAAUAUCGACCACACCACCGAUAGGACACUUUGUGUAUCUCACGAUAGUGGUGACAGAGAUUAACGGUGGACCUGAUUUAUUUAUCAAUAAAGGCUCGACGAUAAAUCUCACCUGCAUCGUGAAGUACGCUCCCGAGCCGCCACCGGCCGUCGUUUGGAAGCACAAUCGCGAUGACAUUAAUUUCGACUCGCCCAGGGGAGGCAUUUCGCUCGUCACCGAGAAGGGCCUACUCACAACAAGCCGGCUGCUGGUGCAGAAGGCCAUCGCGAGCGACUCCGGGCUGUAUACCUGCGAGCCCUCGAACGCUAAUCCGGCCUCCGUGCGAGUCCACAUACUAAAUGGAGAACAUCCCGCGGCUAUGCAUCACGGCAUCUCCACCAUCCUGUCCGGGCCUAGCUUGGUUGCGUUCGUUCUCUCGACCAUUUUGCUCUUCUAUCAUCACAGUAUCCGGUGGAAGGAAUUUCGGCUAACGUAGUAAAUCCGCCUAGUUGUUCUGAAUCGUUUGGUUCCCGUUUUCCUCACUGUACAGAGUGGUUUGAGCGCCCGCGUGUGUGCGUGCAUGUGAAUGAAUUAUUUCAACACCCAAACAAAUGGCCAUUGAAUCAUUACAUCGUAUAAUGCGUUCCACUUUACCAUUGCCCAUUGAUUAAUUGUUUCAUUCAUCAUGGCUUUUCCUUAAGCUCCGUUUCACAGCUCUGACUCCUUAUUCGUUCCUUCUGUGCACUGUGAUUAGUUCUCGCAAGAUCCCCCUUUCUGCCUAACCUGAAAUAGAUGAUAUGAUUCGUUUUGCACUUUACUAAAGCAAGAAAAGCCAAUUGUGCCACCAAUUCAUUUCCCAUUUCUCACAGCUGCCUAAAAAUGCAGGAAUUUCAGUCUUACCAACAUUUUAUGAUCAUGUAAUCUCCCCCAAAUAAUUAUUCUUGUCGGUUUGUACUUCGUCCCAGAACAAUAUUGUUUGAUAAAAUACCUAUGCUAUUACGCACCCAUGCAAAGCGUACUACCACAUGCAAUUAAAUCGCCAAUCUCGUGCCAUAUGUUUUCGUUGAUAUUUACACUUCACAUGCACUCUGACUCGUGUUAUUUGUUUCUCCCAAAUUAAAUUAAUGCCACUUACUGUGGCGAAACCGUUAGUUAAUUCAAUUAUCUAAUUUGUACAGCGUGAAACUUGUACAUAAAUCUCGUGUAGAGUAUAAACACUAUUUGUACAAAACAGUCAUAGCAAGUUUGUUAGAACUUUGAAGGAAAUCCAUAUAACAACAUUAUAAACUAUAGGCAUAUUAAGCGAUUUAUGCGGUAAAGUGAGAUUGGGUUUUAAUGCAAAUGAGCGAGAGAAAAGCAGACCUGUGUGUAGAAUAAUUUGUUGAACCGUUUUUCAAAAUCGUCAAAAAGAGAAGUUUUAAAAUUUGCUAACCAUCGACAACGUUAUUCCGACUCAAAUGUUUUCUACAUCACAUUAGUAAGCAAACAUUAUGGCUUGCGAGUUUUGUUUUUUUUUUAUUUCAAGAGUAGAAGAACAGUUGCGUCAAAAAAAUCUUAUACGGGAUUUUUCUUUCUAUAAAACAAAUGGUGACAUAUCAGACGAAAGCAUGUAUGAAGCGAUGAAGCGAAACCAACAAACCAAUACACACCGCGUCGGAGAUACUUAACACUAAUGGCAAGGAGUUCGAUCGAUCGAUUAGCCAUUCUUCCCAACGUCAUACGAUACGCAAACUGAGCGAUAGCGCAUAGAUGAAACAGAGCAUUACAAUAGUGAAAAAUCUGACCUGCUCACGACAAACCCCUUUUGCUAAAUAUCGAAAUGGUACAUAAAUUUCUGUCAAAAGUUUCGCUCUAAUAGCUCUGAAAAUCGUGUUUGAUGCUCUAGAGAAGAAAUUCGCGAAUCCACAAAAAUUCCUGAUGAUGGCGAGCAGGACGGCGGCGGGCAUACCGAAAGUUGAAAACAACUUGGUGUUUCACUUUUCGGCUCAAGCUUGCCAACAAGUCGCUCGUCUCCAAAACUAUACGCUCUUUCUCUGCUGGCUCAUUCAUCGAGCUCGAGUGGACGCUAGAUCGACACACAACGACCAGAUGGCUAUUCGUUUGGAAAUUUAUGGAAAGAAAGCUACAACAUUCUGUGCGAGCAAAAAGUUUCUUGUACACAUUUUGCAUUACGCAGACCAAACCGUACAGCAGGGAGCGGCACAAUAGCUUCACAGAACCGAUGCCAGCGUAAAUAUCGUUACGUGUUCGAGAAAAAGGCGUUUUGGCACGAUUCCCGCUGUUGGAAGGAACAACAAUCGUAUCCAGCAAAAUCGAUUGAUGCCUCCGCCAAACACGCGUUGCCCGCCAACGGCAAAACUGAUAUUUAAGAAGACUCUUUUUAGCCUCUGUCUAAAUUGUGAACAACAAGCACGUGAAGAUGACGGCGAAAGCGUCUCCUCUAUCGCGCGAAGAAAAGUGUCAAGAAGCAGUAAAGUUAGGACAGUUCUUCAUUGACUCAGCAACGCUGCCUGAGUGCCCGUGGCCGUACGAAAGUUUUUACCAUCAGUUUAACAACAAAACCCCAACCCGUCAGAGCUAGCUGCUGACCGUGUCUCAGGGCUAGAGAGACACAGCAAUAAAAUAGGGACGAUUAUCGCGAGCCGUGGUGGAGCAAGAAUCUUUUAGAUACGUAGGUAAUCAAUAAAAUAAGUCAGAAUGGUGCGCAAAAAGCAUGAAAGCAAAAACCCAGGACGUAAACAAAAAGUUUUAGUCCGUGAAAUGGAAACGUAUGUUCAAAAUUGUUUACUACAAAACGGAGCAAUCCGUUGAAAACGAUAGACGUGUAGCUCGCCCUCGAAUUUUCAAGACAAAGCGAAUUGGAUUACGGUAAAGAGGCGGACAAAACAAUGUCACUGUGGCAGGCGAAUUGAUUCGCUUGACCAGGAGUUCGAAACUAGUCGACCCAUGCAUACUCGUUUUGCAAACAUUUGUAACUAAGAAGAUGUGUAACAAGUUAAACGAACGGCGCACAAAUCGGAGACAAAAAUAAAAAUGAAAGCAAAGAUCAAUAUUAAA